GAAAACGGGUCGAAAAGAGAAUUUUGCAAUCCCCCGAAAGAUUUCGAGUCUGUACCCGGAAACCCAAAUCGAAUCCAACCCUAAUUUUGUAUUUGCCUCCGACACCAUCGCUCUUAGAGUAGAGAGACGACACCCUUUGGUGGGAAGGUUUCCUGGAGCGAGAGAGAGACCGCCAUGGAUGCUUUUAGAAGGCAACUCGACCAGCUAAUGGGCGCCAAUCGUAAUGGCGACGUUCAAGAAGUCAGCCGCAAGUACUACGACCGCGAUGUGUGCCGCAUGUUCUUAGUCGGCCUUUGUCCCCAUGAGCUCUUCCAACUCACGAAAAUGGAUAUGGGUCCAUGCCCGAAGAUCCACUCCUUGCAACUUAGGAAAGAAUAUGAAGAAGCAAAGGCUAAGGGGGUUCAUAACUAUGAUCGAGAUUUGGAGGAUGUUAUAGAUCGUCUCAUUAUCGAGUGUGAUAGGAAAAUUGCUAGAGCUCUAAAACGACUUGAGGAGGAAGAUGCAAAGGCAGCUAUUGCAAUUUCUGUUUCUGAAGUCACCCAGAUACCUGAGGUGCUUGAGUUAUCAAAGCAAAUUAAAGAAAAGUUGAAGGAAGCCGACCAAUACGAUCUUGAGGGCAAGACAGAUCUUAAAAUUCGAGUUUUAGAGGUUGUAGAAGAAUUGAGGACUCAACGAGCUGACAAACAGUCCAUGCUUCUUUUAGAUGCUUUUAAUAAAGAUAGGGCAUCUUUACCUCAACCUCUGCCAAACCCACCACCUCUAGCUCCUUUACCUGUUGUGGCUUCUGAUCCUCGUACACAGGAGAUGAUUAAUGAGAAGUUGAAAAAGGCUGAGGAACUUGGUGAGCAAGGAAUGAUCGACGAGGCUCAAAAAGCGCUGGAGGAAGCUGAAGCACUUAAGAAGCUGCCUGCUAGGCAGGAGCCGGUGGUGGAUUCGUCCAAAUACACUGCUGCUGAUGUGCGAAUUACGGAUCAAAAGCUGCGGGUGUGUGACAUUUGUGGGGCAUUUUUAAGCGUAUAUGACAGUGAUCGUCGUUUAGCAGAUCAUUUUGGAGGAAAGCUUCACCUUGGCUACAUGCAAAUCCGUGAAAAGUUAGCAGAGCUUCAGGAAGAAAGAAACAAAAGUCGCAAGGUUGAUCGGCAUGAUGAUCGACGAUCAAAGGAGCGCAGUAAAGAACCUGAUAGAGAACCGAGUAGAGACCGGGACCGUGGUGAUAGUCGUGACCGUGGAAGGGAUAAUGAUCGUAGGAGCCGAGAUCGUGAUAGAUAUCAUGAUCGUGAUCGUUAUGACCGAGAACGCAAUAGGGAUUCAGAUCGCACUUAUGAUUCUAGAAGUCGUCGACGUUCACGCUCACGAUCAGCAGACCGUGAACGUUCAAGGGACUAUGAUCGUCACAAGCGCCGUGAUCGGUACUAAACAGUUCUUGCUGUGGAUCCAAUGGAAGUGAAAGUACAGGUUCAUGUCCUGUUUUUCUUCCUCUAUUUUGAGUGCAGUUUGGCUGUAUCUUCUCUAAUGAUUUUAUAAUGACCACCACAAGGUUAUGUUGACAAUACUUUUGAGAGGUAUGGUUGUACUCAUUACUGAAAUUAUUUCUAGCUGUUAGUGGAGUAGUUUUCUUGCAGUCUUCAUAGGGCAUACAGUCUGAGGUUAUUGGACACAAAUUCUUCAUAUCAUCAUUUUGGAGACUUUUGAUCACAAGAUGUAAGAAAUUGGUAAGAUUUGGCCUAUUAACUGCUGACCCACCACCGUUCCAUGUAUUAAGAACCUAAAUUCAUAGGUCGGCUUGAUGAAUGAUCUUUUUCUCUCCUUA